AUGUUCGAGCUAGUCUACCAUGACGGCUCCAGCAAUACAACCUUCCAGCAGCGAUACCAACUCGACGUUUCAUAUUUCAAACCAGGAGGUCCCAUACUUCUACUUCAAGGAGCAGAAAUUAUACCAGGUCUGGAGGCUGAGCCAAUCGAUGAAUUUGAUUUCUACGAUGAUACAAUUGAGCUCAAUGGCAUAGCGGCUGGCAUCGAACACCGUUUCUUCGGAACAAGUUUCCCUCCAGGAUUUGAUGGGUCGAAAGCAUCAUAUGCCCCACUCACGCUGGAGAAUGUCCUUACUGAUACUGUUGCCUUAGUCGAGUUGAUCCGUGCCAAUGUUUCUGGAGCUGAACACAGUCCUGUAUUCGUACAGAGUGUGCUUCCAGUGCUUUCCGAAAUGCUGAUGGUGGUUCCGAUGUCUAACGCAUACUACGAUAUCUCAUCUGCUGCGGCCACUAAAAUCAAGUCAGCGAUGAGAUCGUUCGAAGAAUGUUCCGCCAGUGGCAACUGUAACACGACACUUGAUCUCGGGCUUUGUGAUCCUCAGCCGAAUGCGACGGGGUACCAAAAUAUGUACGGGGCAGUACUGGAUUUAUACAAACGUAUCCCACAGUUCUCUUAUCCCAUCGGUGCCAAUCUACCAGCCAAUGCGUUUCAGCAGCUCAUAAAUUUAACUGAAGCUGCGAACACAACUAGCGAGGUUUUGCGCGCUCCAAUUCAAGUCGCCAAUUGGGCGAUGGCAAACCUUUCUCAAUGCGUCAAUUACACCACGGGCAAUGCAACUGGUGGUUUAGAAGCAGCUAGAUCUGGAUCUUUUGGAUGGGUACAGUGCAACUACUUUAUGACCAACCAAUACAGCAUUGGCGCGAACAACAUGCUUCCACCGAACGAUGCAAGUGGAAGAGUUGAGAUAUGCGAAAUUCCAGAAUGGGCAGGGCCGAGGGUCAACUGGACGAACGAAGAGUGGAUCCAGUGGUAUGGCUUCUCAAACGAACAGCUGAGUCAAGAGCAGAGAAUGGUGUUCAUUGGUGGGCAGCAGGACCCGAUUGCAGGUAUCAGCUUGCCAGACUUGCCCGAGAGUCCGGAUCGUCAAGCGCCAAGGAGUAUUGUUGCCCCUGGAGGUGCGCAUACGGGAGAUAUGAUGGGUCAGAUGAUCGCACCGAAAGGCUUAAGUGUAAAUUUAGACACGAUUCGAAACACAAAACUUCAGUACUUAAAGGACUGGGUCCAAUCUUAUCAUAUGAACGAGUCGAACAGCACCUCAACUGAACUUGGGCGCAAGGAUAAAUUGUACUUCGAGCUUUUCGCAUGGGUCGAUGACUUCAGAGCCGCGCCCAAGUUUAAUUGA